CUCUCUCUCUCUCUCUCUCUCUCCCCUCUCUCUUUCUCUCGUAUCCCAUUUAAACCGUCGUCGCCUCUCUCUCCAGAAUGGGGGUAAAAACAGAAAGAAAACAGGGAGGAAGAGCACUCGCAAAAGGCCAGUGCAGUAACAGACAACUCCGUUGGAAUUCCACUUUCCCUGCUUUUCUUUUCUUUUCCUUUUCCGUUUCCUUUUCCCCAUUCAGAAACGACGUCCUCUCCUUCCAAAAUCCCCCUUAGAUCACCUUCCCCAUUUUUCGAAAACCAGAAAAACGACGAAACCAAAAAACGCGUAAAACACGUACAAAGAACCAUAGCCCGCAGGGACAUUUUGCAGAGGGACUGUCCCUCCUGUAGACUGUAGAGGACACGGUUGUUAUCUCUUUCGGUUACGUCUCUCAGAUUCUUCUUCGAUAAUUGGUUCCUGCUUUCUUUCACCUACUUGGCAAAAAAAAAAGCCUGGCAGUGUUUGAGUUUCGUCGUAGUCGUCGUCAUCAUCAACAUGGGCUUCCGUUCUCAUCGAUAGCAGUUACCUCUCUCUCUCUCUCUCUCUCUCUCUCUCUCCCCUGGUACGAGUAGUCUGGUUUUCUGAGGUUCUGUUUCGUGUCAGGAUCGCCAAAAUAUCCUCUGCAUUCUGUGGAUCUGACAUUUCGUAACCCUGAGUACUGAGGCUUCUGAUAAUCUGUAUUUGAAACCGAUCCAGAGAGUUCCUUCGAUUUCGAGUCCUUUAGCAUUUCGAUCGGUUCAGAGAUCAGUUGUUUUAGAGGCGAGAACAUGGGGAAAACAGGGAGAGACUGGACACAGAUCUACGCAAUCUACGGCAUGGACGACUGGCAAACCCCAGUGUUCCUCCUCCUCCACGCCAUCGUCUUCUCCUUCCUCUCCCUCCUCUUCCUCCUCUACUUCACCCCGAUCUGCGCCUCCCUCUCCCUCCUCCUCCCGCCCUCCGCCGCCAGAUUCGCCGCCGGCUUCACCGGCUCCGUCACCGCCCUCUCCGCCGUCUGCCUCUUCUUCGCCGCCGCCAACAUCUUCUACUCCGCCGUCUCACUCCACUGGGAGAUGUCCCAGCGCAUGGUCACCGCCGUCGCCGACUGGUCCGCCGUCAGGCACGCACUCGACGUCGGCUGCGGCCGCGGCAUCCUCCUAAACGCCGUCGCACUGCAACUGAAAAAAGAGGGCAGUUCUGGCCGGGUCGUCGGGCUGGACCGGAAGAAAAAGACAACCGUUUCCACGCUCAGGACGGCCGGCAUUGAAGGGGUGCAGGAGUACGUCACGUGCAGAGAGGGCGACGCGAGGAGGCUUCCCUUCACCGACAACUACUUCGACGUGGUGGUGUCGGCGGUGUUCUUGCACACGGUGGGGAAGGAGUUCGGGGGGAAGACGGCGGCGGCGGCGGCGGAGAGGAUGAGGGGGCUGGGGGAGGUGGUCAGGGUUUUGAAGCCGGGCGGGGUUGGGGUGGUGUGGGACCUGGUGCACGUGCCGGAGUACGUGCAGAGGCUGAGGGAGUUGAAGAUGGAGGAGAUCAGGGUGUCGGAGCGGGUAACGGCGUUCAUGGUGAGCAGCCACAUCGUGUCGUUUAGGAAGCCGAGUCAGCAUCUUGUGGGCCAUGGCGAAGUCAGGCUCGAUUGGAGAUUCAACAGUAUCUGCUGAUCUUCAUCAUAUAGGAAAAAAAUAAAAAUAAAAAUAAAAAUAAAUAGGAGUACUUUAGAAAGUAAUACGGAUUCUCUCCGGUCCAUGUUUUGGACAUGACGAGACAAUUCAGAUCGAGACCGUUCAUUUGUUGAAAUCAAUGGUUUGGAGGAAACCAAAUCGUGGAAUCUAUCAUUGAACGGUCCAGAUGAGGACUGCCCCUCUCGAAAGGAAAAUACUCUUCUUCUUUUUUGUGAACUUUUUAAUUUUAUUUUGAUGAUAUAGAAUCUGGGGAGACGAAGCCGAACCAGAUGCUUUGAGUGGGAAUGAAAUGUAUUGUGUUAAUUUAGAAAUACUUAAGAGAAGAUGGAUAUUUACGUAUAUUUGGAUAUGUAUACAGUAUUCAAGGUUAUGAUUUUUGACAUGGUUAUUCAAGGUUAUGAUGUGAGUAUACUAUUUGUGUCGUUGAGUUU